GUUGUAAAUGCAACAACAGAAGUCCACUGUUAGUUGCGCGGUACAUGGAGAUAUAUCGGGGACGUCCCCCUGGACAUGGGAAAACUGCGUUCCAUAGCUACCGACUGCCUUGCCACUGCCGCUCCAUUUCCACUUGCCAAUUUGACAGAUCAAACCCAGUCUUUAAGCUUCUCUCGGACACACACCACGGUCGGCUCACAGUCGGGACCAAGAACCAUCGAUGGACGACAAGCCUUCCUUGGCGCCGAAGCCCAAAACCAAGGCCACCGUGGUGGCGGCUGCCUCGCCAGCGCCGGCAAGGACGACGCCGGCACUGAAGAAGCCACCCCUCGCGCCCCCGCCUCAGAUGAUCCCGCUAAAGCCGCCGCCGGCGCACCAUUACCGACAGCAGCGCGGCGGCGGGGCGCCGCGGAAGCGGCAUCGCAGCGGCAGCGGGUGCUCCGGCCGCCGCGUGUGCUGCCUCGCAACCGGGUUCUUCCUGCUCGCGCUCUGCCUCGCGGUCGCCGCGGCCUGCCUGGCGUACCUCUGCUACCACCCGCGGCCGCCGUCGUUCCACCUCCAGCCGGUGUCGACGACGCGGUUCCGCGUCGGCAACUCCACCGAGGUGUCGGCCAUGGACGUCACGGCGGCCGUGAAGGUGGUGUCCUGGAACCCCAACGACAAGAUCGCCUUCGAGUACGGCGACGGCGAGGGCCGCGUCUACCUAGCCGACAGUGACGGAGACAUCACGCUGGGGUGGGCGCCCGUGGGAGGCUUCGAGCACGGCGCCCGGAGGGUGGCGGUCGUCGGGUUCGUGGCGGCCGCGAAGGGGGUUGUGGUCGACGAGGCGGUGGCGGCCCGCGUGCGCGACGGGUACCGGCGGCGGCGGCUCGCGUUCAAGGUUGUCGUGGACACCCACAUCCGCGUCCGGGUCGGGGCCGUGCGCACCGGCAUGGUGCCCGUGAGGCUGUCCUGCGACGACGGCGUUAUGGCGCCGCGCGGCGUCUCCGCCGGGAGCCCAAUGAGCAGAUGCCAGGUGUACCUACUCAGAAUGACAUGGUUUAGCUUGAACUGAAGACACAUCCAGCGGAGGACCGAGGAAAUGUCAGGGAUGCUCCAAUUAUUUGCGUUUUCUGCCCGAUGAUAUGAUGUAAUUGAUUUGAUUGGAACUAAUUGUUGGCGUCCUGGAGUGCAAGGCGAUCGUUAAAUAUAGUCCUCAAGGCUCUCAAUUGUGAAGAUUUCAGGAAUUCAGGAAACAACCAUGUAAUUGUGUAUUGCUCCCAGUUCUUUUGAUUGUGUGAUACAGAUACGUACGUACAAACAUACAAGGAAUGAAAUAGUCGUGUGGUAAAUUA